AUGAUUAGCUCAGUGUGUGUUUCGUCUUACCGUGGGCGCAAGUCAGGCAACAAACCUCCGUCUAAAACAUGUCUAAAGGAAGAGAUGGCCAGGGGGGAAGACUCGGACAAAAUCAUCAUAAACGUUGGUGGCACGCGUCACGAAACCUACAAGAGCACUAAGACCUUGCCAGGCACCCGGCUGGCAUGGUUGGCAGACCCAGACUCCCAGGUGAACUCGGACGGUGACACAGGGCCGAGGCUUUCUACAAAUGAGUUAUUUUUUGACCGACAUCCAGGCAUUUUUUCUUACGUUUUGAAUUAUUAUAGGACUGGAAAGCUUCAUUGUCCGGCAGAUGUAUGUGGCCCCUUGUUUGAAGAGGAGUUGGCGUUUUGGGGUAUUGAUGAGACGGACGUAGAGCCUUGUUGCUGGAUGACAUAUCGUCAGCACAGAGAUGCAGAAGAAGCUCUCGAAAUAUUCGAACCUCCUGAACCAGACGACAACGAGGACGACAGAGAACCGUCCAGACGCUUCGGCAUCGAAGACUGUCCUGAUCGCUCCAGAGGAUGCUGCGAGGUUUGGCAACCCAGAGUUUGGGCACUUUUCGAUGACCCAUAUUCCUCGCGGGCCGCAAGAGGCGUCGCACUGGCCUCCCUCUUCUUCAUCCUGGUGUCCAUCACCACCUUCUGCCUGGAGACCCACGAGGCCUUCAACUUACCCAAGACCCACCGGGAGAACGUGACGACGGGCAACGUCACCGUGGAGGUGGUCACCCACCAGAUGAUCACCACGCCGGGGCUGAUCAUGGUGGAGGGCGUGUGCGUGGUGUGGUUCACCUUCGAGUUCCUGGUGCGCGUGGUCUGCUGCCCCAACAAGCUCCUCUUCCUGAAGAACACGCUCAACCUCAUUGACUUUGUGGCCAUCCUGCCCUUCUACCUGGAGAUGAGCCUGAGCGGCAUCUCGUCCAAGGCGGCGUCCGACGUGCUGGGCUUCCUGCGCGUGGUGCGCUUCGUGCGCAUCCUGCGCAUCUUCAAGCUCACGCGCCACUUCGUGGGCCUGCGCGUCCUGGCCCACACGCUGCGCGCCAGCAUCAACGAGUUCUGCCUGCUCAUCAUCUUCCUCGGCCUCGGCGUGCUCAUCUUCGCCACCAUGAUCUACUACGCCGAGCGCAUCGGCGCGCACCCGGGCGACCCGCGGGGCACCAACCACACGUGCUUCAAGAACAUUCCCAUCAGCUUCUGGUGGGCGGUGGUGACCAUGACCACCCUGGGCUACGGGGACAUGUAUCCGAAGACGUGGCUGGGCAUGAUGGUGGGCGCUCUCUGUGCCCUCGCUGGCGUGCUGACCAUCGCCAUGCCCGUGCCUGUCAUCGUCAACAACUUUGGGAUGUACUACUCGCUGGCCAUGGCCAAGCAGAAGCUGCCCAAGAAGAGGAAGAAGCACAAUCCCAACCCGGAUGUACCGACAGACUCGGCCUCGUUUGGGAAGUCCGACUGUAACUCCCCUCCAGACAGCACGCAGAGCGAUACGUUCCCUCUGGCUGCUGAGGAGAACAGUGGACGUAGCCGCUCAGACUCCAAGCAGAAUGGGGAUGCCAAUGUAGCCCUGUCAGAGGAGGAGGAGUGCGGCCCGACUCAGCCCCUGUCCCCCAGCGAGAAGUGGACCCUGCGCCGCGCUCGCGCCCGCGACAAAACCAAGAAGGAGGCCGCCUGUUUCUUGCUCACCUCCGGCGACUUCACCUGUGCCACUGACACCACUGUCCGCACAGGUACCGGGAAAGGGGAGAGCAACGUAUAGGACAGCCUCCUGUAGCUCCAUGACCAAUAGCACCAGGGGCAGUUCUACAGGCAUCACGUGCCCUUUAUGUAGACUCCAAGGCAGAUUUCCACCCAGUUCCCUUUCGUCACCACCAUCCCAUCAAUAUCACUAAGUGUUUUAUUGACUUGUAUCGACCGUAUGAGUAGAAAGAAAUGUUAAGACUGCACUAGGUUUGAGAAAUUGAGAUUUUUUAUUUAUGGAUUCGUUUCAAAUUGGGUAUUUAAAGUUUAAUCCCAGUUGGCUUUCUGAUGUCAAGACAGUGAAGAGCACCACAGUACUUUAGAUUGAGUUAUCAACAAGUAAGAAAACAAUACUAAAAAUCCCUCAUUUGUCCAUGACUUCAUCAUCAUCGCUGCCUCUGUUUUCUAAAUAACCCAUUCUAGCAUUCAAUAAUGAGCAUUUGCAUUCUGUAAUGAGCUUUGCCAUACUUUACCUCAUUUUCCACCUUGUGUGUCGCUCACGAUAUGAUGGGAAGUGUUGAGGGGAAAAAAGGUUGACUCUCUGAUGAACAUCAGAGUGACAGCGAAGCGCAAAAGCAUACCGUCACACUAGGAGACAAGUGGCUCAGCUGAUUCUUCUCAUUAUCCGCACUCCUCCGUCACAAAUCUCUCUUUGCCUCAGCAACUUCUGUGUCAGCCCUGAGAUUCCCCAAAGCUUUAUUACAGACAGAGAGAGAGAGAGAGAGAGAGAGAGAGAGAGAGUCUAUUUCUAGGGGUAUGUAUAUCUGAAUGUUUGAGCCUUCCUCUUUGCAGCAUGUUGUUUGCUAUCGGCUGAUGAAUGAAUUCUUGUGAAGAUUGCAUAUAGCGCAUGUAAGAUGAUAACGUCAGGAGCCCGUGAUUGGACUAGAGCUUAAUUAGCAUCCCAUGGCGAAAGCAAUUCAUGAUAAGAUGAAGAAAAUCACUAACCGCAAACCUGGAGCAGGAACAUCAUUGGUUUUAUAGCUGUAGAAGUCACUUCCUGAGAAUGCAAUUGGCUGUUUUUGUAGUGCAGUAAAAAAUCCAUAUGUAUUGUCUCUGGGGCCUGCACCAUUCAAACAUGCAGGAGGGUGUGCCAAAGGGCAGCUCCAUACCACAAAUUCUCCUUUGCGUGGAACAUUGGAUCACAUUCAUGCAUGUCAUGUCCAGUGUAAUGUGAUCUAGCCUGUAACCAGGGAGACAUGAAAACAAUGUGGAGAUGGCCUCCCACCCCCACUCCUCCCAACACAAACACAAGCAUCAGGAGCGCGUGUCCUUGACCAGACUUUC